GUUUGGGUUGGUGUCAGACCUCCUUGGCUGGGUCCUCACAAUCUCUUGAGGACUCAGAAGAGCAGCUGCUGAGACCACCCAGGGAAGAGGAUGACGGCCAGCAGAGCUCUGGUUCUGGGGAUCCUCGCCCUGAUCACCGUGCUCAGCCCCUGUGGAGGUGAAGACGACAUUAAGGCUGACCAUGUUGGCACCUAUGGUUCAGUUGUCUAUCAGUCUUACGGACCCAAUGGCCAGUACACAUUUGAAUUUGAUGGUGAUGAGAAGUUCUAUGUGGACUUGGAUAAGAAGGAGACAAUCUGGAGGAUUCCUGAGUUUGCCCAACUGAUGAGCUUUGACCCACAAGGGGGACUGCAAGAUAUAGCUACAGUAAAACACAACUUGGACAUCCUGACUAAGAGGUCCAAUUCUACCCCAGCUACCAAUGAGGUUCCUGAGGUAACCGUGUUCCCCAAGUCCCCUGUGCUGCUGGGUCAGCCCAAUACCCUCAUCUGCUUCGUGGACAACAUCUUUCCUCCCGUGGUCAGCAUUACAUGGUUGAGAAACAGCAAGUCAGUCACAGACAGUGUCUAUGAGACCAGCUUCCUCUCCAAGAGUGACCAUUCUUUCCACAAGAUGUCUUACCUCACCUUCAUCCCUUCUGACGAUGACGUUUAUGACUGCAAGGUGGAACACUGGGGCCUGGAGGAGCCGGUGCUGAAACACUGGGAACCUGAGGUUCCAGCCCCCAUGUCAGAGCUGACGGAGACUGUGGUCUGUGCCCUGGGGUUGUCCGUGGGCAUCGUGGGCAUCGUGGUGGGCACCAUCUUCAUCAUUCAAGGCCUGCGAUCAGGUGGCACCUCCAGACACCCAGGGCCCUUAUGAGCCACACCUUGGAAAGGAAGGUGUGUGGCCCUCUCCAGGGCAGAAGUGGUGUGCCGGAUGGCCUUGCACAGUGUGUUUUCUGGCCCAGUUCAUCAUGUUGUCUUCCCCAAUUGUCCUCCAUCUUACUUUUCUCUUGGACUUGAGGCUGUUCCCCCCUCACAGUUCACAUACCCUUGGAAUUCUCCCCUGCUCUGAGUUUUGUUUUUUGGCAUCUUUCAAAUGGUAUCUACUAUAGAAUCUCUCAGUAACCCUGAUUCAGCAGCUGCAUGAAGCCAAUAAGUUACCUUUUAUGAGUCAA